CAAACACAUGUUAAUUUUUCCGAUUUUUUCUGUCUUUACCGGUGUUGCGUUGCAAAGGGUUACUGAGUUACCAGUAACCAACACCCACUUGUUGAUAGAAAUACGAGUGCAACAUGUCUCAGGUGCAUGUGAAGGAAGAGUAUGAAUAUGAAGAGUUACUCGAGGAUGUGUACUGUAAAGAGGAACCCUGUACUGACGAGGAUGCGGCGCGACAUGAGCUAUAUGCCGACCACCAGGUGAAGGGCGAGCUCGUGCUCGGCCCGGAGGUGAUGUUCCCUCCCGAUAAAGCACAUGCGGCACAAGUUGCCCUAGCAUUGGAAGGAAGAAGAGAAUCGUUCCCGGAAAAAUCUUCCAAGAAUGAGCCAAGUCAGGUUUCAAUGUGUCUCAAACAAUUUGAACUACAAGACUGUGUUGUGCGACUCGAACGCAUACCGCUUUCAUCCCUCGAUAAUGGCAACAUAUCUGAAUAUGCAAAAGACUCAAGGCUUUCCCAUGCUAACGAUGAUAAUAAAUCAAGAAAGUACACAAAUAACAUUAAUAAGGAAGUGAGUAAGUCCAAAAUGUACAUUUGCGAUACAUGCAACAAAACAUUCAUGAAAAGAAAGCCAUUUCUCCAUCAUUUGCGUAUACAUAACAAACCUUACGCUUGCGAUAUAUGUAAAAGAAAGUUUUCAACACGUAAGUGUUUAAGAAUACAUGAGUUAGUACACACAGAACUGCGUUUCUCUUGCAAAGUGUGUAACAAAAACUUUACAACGCAGAAAGCUUUAAAAAGACACGAAAAAAAGCAUUUGUCUUGUGAUGUAUGUUGUAGAAAGUUCACGUGGAAAUCUAGUUUGAUCAGACAUAGGCUAAUACAUAGCGGAGAGAAACCGUAUCACUGUGAAAUAUGUAAUACGCAUUUCAGAUACAAGAACGCAUUAGCUAUUGAUAUUCGACAACACAAUGGUCAGAUUCUAUACUCCUGCGAAAUAUGCGAAAAUAAGUUUUUAUCUCACUCCAAUUUAUGCAGACAUAAGCUGACACACACUAAAAAGGAUAUUUAUGCAUGUGACAAGUGUGGCAAAAAGUUUUUAUAUGCUUCGACCUUCGACAAUCAUAAAAAUAUUCACAACAGAGAAGAAACAUUCCAAUGUGAUAUAUGUGAGAAAAAGUGUACCACCAAGAAAAGUAUAAUCAAGCAUUUGUCAACGCAUUUGAAGGACCGACCUUUUCCUUGCAAUAUGUGUACCAAAAAGUAUUUUAGUAAAGGGGAAUUAACUCUGCAUAUACUUACUCACACCAGCGAAAAGCUAUUCGCGUGCGAUAUUAGCGAAAAGCUAUUCGCGUGCGAUAUUUGCGAAAAGGCGUUCAAGUGCAAACGUUAUUUAUUAAGCCAUCAUCGCCUAUUUCAUAGUGGGAAGAAACCACAUUUUAGUCAAGGUGAAACUAAAAAGCCUCACAGCUGCGAAAUAUGUGGAAACAAGUUUAGAAUGAAAUCACAUUUAACAAGACAUCAGCUGAUUCAUACUGGAGAGAAACCACAUAGUUGUGAAAUAUGUAAAAAGUGCUUCAGACACGAAUCAACGUUAACCUGUCAUAUGAGAACACACACUGGUGAGAAGCCGUACAAAUGCGCAGUGUGUAAAAAACGAUUCGCCACAAGUAGCAACUGGAAUCAGCAUAAGCGACAAGCACAUAAGUAACAUAAUGAUUGUGAUCUAGAAACCGCAAACCCAGCAUAAAGACAAACUCUUUUGUUAGGACAAAUUUCUCAUCUCUAAAUAUGUUAAUAUUAAAUAAUUACAACAUCAGUAUUGAUUUUAUAAUAACAUUUCAAAUUUCGAUCCACUCUGAAAAACAAAGCAAUUGAUUUGACCUCUAUUCUAAUAUCAGUCGAGGUUUUAUACGAAAUAAAGUGUUCAUUGCAAACAAUUUCGACAAGUUUCGCUUGUUACUUGAUAUUGAACGAUAUGAGAGUUGGGGUCUAUUCUAGUUUCUCUCUAUAUUAAAAAAAAUACAGUAGCGUGACAUGCAUGGCAAAAAGUUUUCAUUUGG